UUAAAAGUAGGAUUUGCUGAAUCAGAGCCGUCCAGGACUGCGUGUGCCCAUGUGCUGCGGAAGGUAGGCACCCCCUGGACGCACACUCACUGAUGGAGAAGGAGAUGCUGCUGUUCCACCUUGCCGCUCUCCUGGAAACAACACGGAAAUAACUUCAAGCCAGGAGAUUUAGGGAAGGAAAGCUCUGAACACCAGGGGAAGAUGCUGAUGGACAAAAAUACAUCAUUGCUCUCCAACGUCUCCUCCACUGCCCUGUCCUGGGUAAGAGGAGAUGGCAACUGGACAGGGGCAGGAAUUGGUCCCCGGGAGGUGUCUGUUGGACUGAUACUAACCUUUAUAGACUUGAUCACUCUGUUUGGGAAUACAGUGGUUUUUAUCUGCCCUGUGGUAGAGAAGAGGCUGCGUACUGCAACUUACAUGUUUAUUAUGUCCUUAGCCAUGGCAGAUCUCCUCGUUGCUUGUCUGGUCAUGCCAUUUAGCAUAAUUUAUGAGGUGACGGGGAUGUGGCUGUUCGGGAAGCUAUUCUGUAAAGUGUGGAUCUCUUUUGAUGUCAUGUUCUGCACGGCGUCCAUUGUCACAUUGUGCUUUAUCAGUCUGGAUAGAUAUUGCUCCGUGGUGACCCCCUAUCGUUAUUCGAUGAGGAUGUCACAUCGAAGGUGCAUCAUAAUGACCUGCAUGGUCUGGGUAUACUCCUCCCUCAUUUCCUUCCUACCAGUCAUGCAAGGCUGGAAUGAGAUACCUGGUGUAGAUUUUGAUGCUAGCAAAGAGUGUAUCUUUGUCACCAACUGGACUUUUGCCAUUGUAGCUUCUGCCCUGGCGUUUUUUGUCCCGUUCAUGAUUAUGUGCAGCAUGUAUUUCUUCAUCUACCGAGCAUCACGACUCAAUGCCACCCGCAUCAUGUCUCAGUCCCUUGAAAUUCACUACCAUCCCAACAGCAAGAGGCAGAACAACCUGCAGUUGGAAAACAAAGCCACUCGGACAAUUAGCAUCAUCAUCUCAGUCUUCAUAUUGUGCUGGUUACCUUACUUUGUUCUGAAUGUAUGGCUAGCUGCUAAAGGUACCAGUUCCACCAGCGCAGUUCUGGUUGAUGCUUUCAAGAUCAUAACUUGGUUAGGGUAUUGCAAUUCUACUAUCAACCCCAUGCUCUAUGCCUUUCUGAAUCGGGACUUCCAACGGGCUCUGAAGAAGCUGUUCAUCUGCAGGCGCAGGUCUCAGGUAGAUAUUGGAGAAGAUAUGGUUUCAAUAGCCACCUUUUCCAAGACUGCUCAAGACCCAGAAUACAGCAUUAAAGUCCCAAUCCCUACUGGAGGGCUGAAGAGCAAGCACAAACCAAGUUCUGGGUUACUUGUUGCAGGAUGAGACAGAUGCAGAGUGUAUGGUGACUGGUGUGUAUUUUUUUUUGGUGGAGGGGGGGAAGGGGGUCUAUUAAUUGAACUUUUUUUUGGAAGAGAUUAGGUGCAAGAUUACAAAUGUAUUUUUAUUUUGGCUGUAAUCUGUGUGAAAUGUGAGCACAGCAGAGUGAUGCCAUAUUGUCCUUUCAUCUUCCUUUGUGCUGUGAACAAAAUUAGUAGCACUUUCUGAAAGAACUGCAAAGGACCUUGAUCUUGCAGCUGAGUUGUCAUAAC